AUGUAUAAGACUACUGUUGCAAAUAGCUCCAUCGAGAUUCGUCUCCAAUUCGUUCGCAAGGUUUAUUCCAUCUUGACUGCCCAGAUUUUUGGAACUGUUAUUAUGUCAGCUUUUUACUUGUACAACAGUAAUGCCAAGCACUUUGUUCAGACCAACCCUUGGUUAUUGUAUACUUCCAUGUUUGGUUCAUUUGGCGUACUUCUUCUUCUAAUGUGGAAGGCCCGUUCUGCUCCUCUUAACUACGUCCUUUUGGGUAUCUUUACUCUCCUUGAGAGUCAACUGGUUGGAACUGUUGUCACUUUUUAUGAUCAGACCAUUGUAUUGCAAGCUCUUGUUAUUACUGCGGGUGUCUUUUUUGGCUUGACAAUUUUUACUCUCCAGUCAAAGUGGGAUUUCUCAGGAAUGGGUCCAAUUUUAUAUGCUGGUAUCUGGGUCCUCUUGUUAGCUGGUAUUGUACAGAUAUUUAUUCCUUUUUCGAAAGGAAUUGAGCUAGCGAUGGCUAUUGGUGGUGUUGUGAUCUUCAGUGGCUACAUUAUCUUUGAUACCUUCUUGAUUUUCAAUCGAUACUCUCCCGAGGAUUAUAUUAUGGCUUCUACGUCUCUGUAUAUGGACAUCAUCAACCUGUUCCUCAGAAUUUUACAGAUUUUAAAUGCUAUGCAGAGAGAUUAG